AUGGAUGUUCCCCCUGCUGCCAUGGUCGCUGCUGCCGUGGUCGCUGCUGCCAUGGUCGUUGCUGCCAUGGUCGUUGCUGCCAAGGUCGUUGCUGCCAAGAAUGACCUCUCUUCCGGGUUGCAGCGGUGCCCUGUCCCCGGCGUGCAUCAUGAAACGCCGUGGACCGACCACGAGCCGCAUCGCGACCCCCUGACCACCAUCCAGGUCCCUCGAGCCCCUUCGACGCCCCCUCUACGCGGGUCGUUGCAUGAACUCGACGGCCAUUCCGAGCAUCACAUGGCGCGAGAGCCCACAACUCACUGCUCGCUGCCCGCUGCUCACUGUACACAGCCCACAGCCCACAGCCCGCACUCCUCAGCCCGCCGCGGCCAACAGCCCACGAAGCAGCCCCCCUUGAGGCUCAGAAGACAAGAACGAGGGCUGUUUCCGAGUCAGCGCAUGAAUGAUCUCCAAUUUGUCACCCAUCCGGGCGCCGACGCCUGUGCAUGA